ACUGAAGCGAAUGAAAAUCUGUUGUUAUUUGGAUAAAUAUUUUUUUUUUUGUAUGUGUGUUAUGUAUAGUAUUGUAAUUUUUUCCUGCCUUUAAUUUCUGGGGAAUUGUAACAAAAACAUGGUGUCACAUUCAGAUGGAGACUCUGCUUCCCAGAAUGGUCAUUCUGAUAAGGUUUCAAGGAAACGAUAUAAGCACCACCGAAAAUCUGUUUCUAAAUCCCCACCAUAUAAAUCAGUUCAUCGCAAUUAUUCAAGAUCUCCAAAAAGAAAUCAUAAAAGCCAUAGAUCUUCUCCCAUUAAUUCUUCUUAUAAGCGUAAAAAUUAUUCUGAGUCCCCAGAUUCAAACCAUAAUUCUUCUAGAUCGAAGUCAUCUUCUCCUAAAAGACAUCGUAGAAAUGAUAGAUCUCGAUCCCCUUUGCAUUCCCAUUACAAAACUGAAAAACAUUCGAGAUCAUUCUCAAAUCAUAUAAAAAAUACUUAUAGUCGUUCACGUUCUUCAUCUGUAGAUGAAAAGACUUCUCAAAAGUAUAGUAAAUAUCAGACAGGCAAAUCUAGAUCACCAUCAUCUAAAGCAAAUUACCGUAAUCAAUCCAUAUCUCCACCUAAAAGUCACAAUAGACAAUCAACAUCACAUUCCCCCUCACGCAUAUCUCAUAAUAGAGGAGGUCAUCAGAAGAACAAUAGAUAUUAUUCACGCUCCCCAUCAAUGGAUAGAAAAUCAUCCAAGAAAUUUAGUGAAGAUUCUCCAAUUAAGAAACAUAAAAUGUCAAAGAAAAGGCACCACUCUUCAGAAAGUUCUUCAGAUGAAGCUCCUAAUAAUAGAAUGCCAAAAAAUCCCCAAAAUAGUUAUGAAGAAAGAAAUUUUCAUGAUCCUCGAGAUAAUUUCUCUAGAAAAUUUGGUGAAUAUGAUGAUGCAGGAGAUCGAAACUAUGGAAGAAAUAGGAAGAAUUGGGCAGCCCAAGAAGAUUUUAUGGACAGAAGAAGAAUGGAGAGAGAGAAAAUAGGAGCAGGAGGUGUUCCAACAAUCUGGGGUACAUCUCCUAGCAAAAUUUCUGACUCUGAUGAAAAUGAUACAGAGGAUGAAAAACAGAGAGUAGAUAUGAAAAGCAAGAAUAGUGGCAAGAAGAAGCAUAAAACAAAGAAAUCCAAAAAAGAGAAAAAGAAGAAGAAGAAGAAAGAAAAGAAGGCAAAGAAAAGUAAAAGGGAGUCAUCUAGCUCCAGUGAUUCUGAGGAUUUAAAAGAGUUUGAAACCUGGGUUGAAAAGAAAAAACUAGAAGAAGGAGAAGAAGAUACAUCUGUUGGGCCAUUACCAAAAACUCAUGUUCAACUAUCUGCUAAAGAUUAUGGCAAAGCUUUGUUACCCGGAGAAGGUGCUGCAAUGGCAGCUUAUGUUGCAGAAGGCAAGCGAAUUCCUAGAAGAGGUGAGAUAGGCCUGACUUCUGACCAAAUCCAAGCAUUUGAAGCUGUAGGAUAUGUAAUGAGUGGAAGCAGGCACCGUCGUAUGGAAGCUGUUCGAUUGAGAAAAGAGAACCAGAUUUAUAGUGCUGAUGAGAAACGAGCUCUAGCAAUGUUCAAUAGGGAAGAAAGACAGAAACGAGAAACUAAGAUUUUGUCUCAGUUUAAAGAAAUGAUUAAAGCUGCCACCAAUACUGAAUAAAUUUGUAUGUAAAAGAUUGUA